UUUACAUGAAAAAUAAUUUGUACAAGCGUAGGAAUUUCUGUCCACACCAAAUUUUAAUCUGAAUCCAACUAUUUGCAUCAUACCACGCAGGAUAAUUUUCAAAUGACAAAUAUCCCUUUGUCUGUGACUAAUAGCCAUGCUCUUUUUUUCCCGAAUAACAAAAUAAUUCCAGCUUUAGCCUCUGUCAAGUGCGGCUUAUUUUGGGAAGACGAUCCCCUCAGUGACUUUUGUUACCAAUUUAACACAAACACGUUGUCUUGGUCCGAGGCCCUGCUACAGUGUCAACAUAAUGGUGGAGAACUGGCCAGUGUCCCCAGCCUGGAGGAGCAACAAUAUAUAGCUGGCCGUGCACACACCAUCCCAGACAUGAGGUAUUUCUGGCUUGGUGCCAGCGCACUGGGAGAGGAGGACGGUUGGAUUUGGAGUGACGGAAAUCCAUUUGCCUUUCUCAACUGGGGUGCAGAUAUGAUAGAAUCUCGAUCAAAUGCAAGGUGUAUGGAAAUGGAUGCGUUAAGUGGAUCUUGGUUGAAGGAAGAAUGUCAGAACAGGCGUGGAUACGUGUGCAAGAAAAAAGGGAACGUUUCCAAAGCUACGCCUAUUCCCGUGAAUACAACAACAACCCCAACGACUCCAGGUUACCCAUCAUGUAGUGGAGAUUGGGCCCGCUUUGGUCGGCAUUGUUAUAAAAUAUUUGAUGAUCAGAGAACGUGGACUUCAGCAAAGGACACUUGCAGACGACAGGGCGGGGAUCUGGUAUCAAUUUUGAAUGAGGAUGAGAACAAUUUUGUAUCUGGCUUUGCUGGUGGGUCACAUGUCAACCCUGUGGAGGUCUGGACAGGCCUGAACGACCGCCGGAUAGUCAACCAAUUUGAGUGGACAGACGACAGUGCCGUGACCUUCACAUGCUGGCAGUCACGUGAACCGAACAACCAUCUAGGGAAGGAACUGUGCGUCAGUCUGUAUACAACAGGGACUAACGUAAGUGACUAUCAACACAUCGGCACCAUUUUGUUGACUUUAAACCAAAUGACUCAUAGGGCUUCAACACACGGUGCUUAUUGA